UGGUAUCUGGCCAGGGCCAAGGUCUCGUCAGAACGUUCUUCUGAUUGGCCGGUUUCUCGCUGACGCGAUGUGACGUCAGUCCCAGUCAUCCGAUCCGUCGCCUCAGUUUUGAUGCAAAGGGGGAAGUUGGGAGGAUCCGAGAGGAAGAUCUGGGAGUGACCAUUUGAGAAGCACCUCUUGACUUCAGUACAGGAGAUCAGGGCUUUAGGGUCAUGGCAGGAAGAGGCGGAGCAACGAGACCAAACGGGCCAAACGCCAGCAACAAGAUCUGUCAGUUUAAACUGGUGCUGCUGGGAGAGUCCGCUGUGGGAAAGUCAAGUUUAGUGCUGCGCUUUGUAAAAGGACAGUUUCACGAGUUUCAGGAAAGCACAAUAGGAGCUGCCUUCUUGACUCAGACAGUAUGUUUGGAUGAUACAACAGUGAAGUUUGAAAUCUGGGAUACAGCUGGCCAAGAGCGCUACCACAGUUUAGCCCCCAUGUACUACAGAGGAGCACAGGCAGCCAUAGUGGUGUAUGACAUCACAAAUGAAGAAUCAUUUGAACGUGCAAAAAACUGGGUGAAAGAACUUCAAAGACAAGCCAGUCCAAAUAUUGUAAUAGCUUUGGCUGGAAACAAGGCAGAUCUUGCCAACAAGAGAGCGUUGGAUUUUCAGGAUGCGCAGUCAUAUGCAGACGACAACAGUUUGCUUUUUAUGGAAACAUCUGCAAAGACUUCAAUGAACGUGAAUGAGAUUUUUAUGGCCAUUGCAAAGAAACUGCCCAAGAACGAGCCCCAGCCCGCCGGUGCUAACACAGGACGCAACCGAGGUGUGGAUCUAACAGAAACGGCACAGCCCACGAAAGGCCCCUGCUGUAGCAACUGAUCAGCGACACUCCUCACCUCCCAACUGCACCACAUCUGGACAUGGGGCUCCUCCUUCCAAUCCUCGCUCCUUGGAUUAGCUAAAGACUCUGUAUAGCUGUGUUUCUAAUACUUUUUUUACUCUUUAUUUUUAAGAAAAUAUGUAAAUUUAGCCAUCUACUGGAUGCAUGUAUCACUACAAAAGCUAAUACACAUUUUUAACUCUACUUAGCAGGAGAACAAACCCCUUUGAAAAAGAAAGAGAGAGUGAAAUAUUGAGUGUGUUUGUACGUGUUUAGUAUGUGGAAUUGGUCACCUUAUUACCAGACCCAGACGGAAUCGUAUUUUCCGCGCUGAUUUGGAGGAAAACAUGGAGCGGUGACCUCUCAUUGGUAGCUGAAAGCAUUAUCAAACAAACCAAAAUAUUAAAAGAACAAGGGGUGGGCAAUACGUAGAAUUUUGUGAAUUACAAAAAUCCGCAAAUCUUUCUGCGCAUGCUGCUUCCGUGUGGGCCUGCAAAUGACCUGGGUGGGUCAAACUGAAUCGGAUAGAGAAAGUUAAGAAAGUUUUAAAAUGACUGCUGUUUUCUGAAGAAAAAAGUUCAUAAUAAACCAGAUCCCCCUCCUGCUUUUUCAGAAUCUGACCCAAGUUGUGGAUUGUAGUUUGGAUUCAGUAUCGUGUUGUUCUAGUAAAGCAUUCCACAAUGCACCUGCUGUCCUUGAUAUAACCUGCCUUACCACUGUUUGGUGUUGUUACCAACUUCCAUAUUUACAAAACAGGCCAUGAAGUUCUUCUGAUGAGAUUCUGAUAAACAUUGAGCCUGGCGACUUCAGGUGCAUCCAUCACAUUGCUCGUAAAGUCGUCCAGCUCUACGGGAAGGCGGGAUCAGAUCUCUGGUCUUUGGGAAUAAAGAUCAAAAUACAACAUGAAACAUGUUCAACCUGCUGUAUGAAUUAUUAUUAUUAAUUUAGACUGUAUUCCAUCUCUGUGUUUUGCUUAUACAGUUAUUGUUGCAUUAAACAAGCAAUGAUCAGGCCCAUCUGCUAUCAUUUUCUGCACUGAUUUUGAAGGCAGAAAAUAUUGAUUUAAACAUGGUAAAAUGUGUUUAAUGCAGCUGAGAGCACUACACUCUUAUUGGUAGCUGUGAGCUUGAUAAAUUAGCCAAAAUAUUUAGUCAACAUGAAAUCUAAAUUGAACCUAUUUACUUUCAUGCAUAUUACUGUUCUUAUUGUGCACAUUUUAUUGGUGCACCUUAUUCCAAAUAACAUAAAGUGUCAGUCUUUGUAAUCUUUUAUCGAAAUGUCAACUUGCUCCGCCUCUGAAACUACUUUCCUGUUCAUCUGAUGUCACCAAGACCUCUUACUUUUUAAACCCCUCUCCUUUAAAAGCCUACUUUUCACCAUCUAAUCAAUUCCAGAUGGUAAAAGUGCAUUCACUCAAAAAUGCAUCAGAUAUUGGAAGCAAAAGGAGUUAUUAACAGCAUUUCAUGUUUACUCUGAUAAACAAGCAAGGGGGGAUGUUUAGAUUUCUGUGAAUGUUAAACGUUCAAUUUUGACUUGAAAUCUACAGAGCUUUGUGUGGGUGCAAAUUCCGUGUGGGCCUGGAAAUGGUUACAUAAAGGACAGAAAAGACAAACAUUUUAGAGGAUGUUCCCCUAGCUAUUUUUUCUUUUUUUUUUUUAAUCUUACUGGAAGUCAGUUGUGUCACUAUCUGCUAGUCAGUGAUGCUCUGCAGUUUUGUUUUCUCAAAUGUACUCUGAGGACUGAGGCACGUGUUUGCAGGCAAAUUAAAAUGGCACGUGUUUAUGUGCCGUCUUACAACGAGACGAAACGAAGCCUUUCAAAAUAAAAGACUCUGAGGUCUUUGGGAGAACGGUUGAAAAGAUGUUUUCUCUGAUGACCCAAAGACAUUUAAAGCUGAAGUAUGUAAUUUCUGCGACACUAGCGCCACCGAACGGAAUUGCAAAAAUUAUGUUUUCAAAAUAGCUUUCUGAAUACACACCCCCCCUGCAGUUUUUCAGAUAGUCCCGACCCCAGCUCACGCCCAUUGGUUGAGGAAUGUUGACUGGGCGGGUCUCUCAAAACAAACGGGAAUUUUUAUAGCACCACAGAGACACAGUGUUUACAGUUUUUGAGAAAAUGUACCUAUGAUUGGCUUACAGUUAUAUUUUAACACCGAAAAAGUUACAUCAGCUUUAAAAUUAUUUGUGGGCAAAAAGAAAAAAUACAUCUGUGUAUCGAAGCUCUUGCCAUGACGGACAGUAAUUUGCACACUGUACAGCCUUCCAUCUUAUUUGAAGCAUCUUUUCACAGAGAAUCAUGUUUAAAUGGUGGUCUUUUUAAUGUAUGUAGUGUUAUUAACAAAUGAACUUGACAUGUAUUCAGUG